AUGAGCGAAGAGAUCCAAGAAGAUGAACCUGAAAACAUGGGGACAAAGACAACAACGAUUACUGGUCGACUCGAGCUGACUCAAGAAGAAGCGGAUUCGCAAGUUCGAGAUGAGGAAGAUGAGCAAGAAAGGAGUAUUCAUCCUGUUUUUGCAAAAAUUCUAGCAGUAAGAGAGGUCAUCAGGGAUUUCAUCGGGAAGAUAAUGGAGAUGAAGAAACAUUCAUCAAAAGCGAUCAUGAUUCUGGUCGGCGCGUAUAUAGGACUUGCCUGCUACUCGGAUUUCGAGCGAGCCAGUUUUCUCCUUGUCUUUUACUUGAUCGUUCUUGCUAUCAAAUCAUACGAUCUUUACAAAGAAAAGGUCGAAACUGCCCUCGAUGGAGUCGACAAAAAGCAAGUCAGAAAAAUCUCGGCUUUUGGUGGCCUUUUUCUGAUGCUCGCAAUUUACGCCGAAAGUCUUUACAAAAGCGACUACAGAUUCAAUGUUGUUGUCGCUUCAUUUGGAGUGGUGAUUUAUAUGAUUAUCUGUAUGCUCAUGUGCAUUUCCAUCAUCAAAAUCGUUUGGCGACCGAUCUUGGUGGGCUUUUUGCUGCAGUUUUUCAUCGCUGCUUUUGUGAUAAAAACUGAAGUUGGUUUCGUUUUUAUUGAAAAUUUCAGCAAGCCAAUCAAGGCUCUUUUACGAUUCGCGGAUGCAGGAGGAAUUUUUCUGUUCUCAGGAUACAAAGGAGACCUGACAAAUUUCGUCUUUGGCGUCUGCCCCGUGAUCAUCUUCUUUUCUUCCUUGAUUUCAAUGCUUUAUCACAUUGGCAUCAUGGAUUUCGUCAUUCAGCUUUUGUCGGUAGCGCUGACAGCAACUUACCACAUGACUUAUUCUGAAAUCUUCUGCGUCAUGACCUCUGGCUUUUCUUCUAUCGCUGGUUCCGUUCUUGGCGCUUAUUUGAAGCUUGGAAUUGAUGCUAGAGCAUUGAUAACAAGCUCGUUUAUGUCCGCCCCUGGAUCACUGAUGGUGGGAAAAUUGAUGUUUCCAGAAGUAACGCCGUCGAGACUCACGACGAAAAAAACCGAGGACGAGAAAAGCAAAGGUGGCCAAAAUCUCCUUGGCGCUGCAGUACAAGGAGCAUUGGAUGCUUUUCCCGUUUGCGCGAAUAUAACUGCUAUGCUGAUUGUUUUCGUGGCUGCGAUCGAGUGUCUUAACGACAUUGUGGUCUUCCUUAGUGGCUUGUUUGAAAUUGAAAGCAUUACGCUGGAAAAGAUAUUUGGAGUUGUUUUUCGCCCAUUUGUUCUUCUCAUGGGAGUGCCAAGCUUUGAAGCUGAAUUCUGCGCGCGAUUGCUUGGGGAAAAAAUUUUCUUCACAGAAUUUAUGGCAUUUCAAUCCCUCGCGACGGCGAAAGGUUACAGGGAAUCUGGACGAGAUAAGUGCGACUGUGAUGGCAAUCAAAUGUGGCUGUCUGAGCUGUCCGAGACGAUAAUGACUUACGCACUUUGCGGUUUCGCGAAUAUUCCGGGAUGUGUUGAACUGACCCUUGUCCAUCCAAAAAAUGUAUAUUCAUCCCCUCAAAAGACCAUGGGAAUCAUGCUCGGAACCAUGGCCGGUCUAGCUCCAAAGCGCAAAAAAGUCUUUUCGAAGAUUCUGGCAAAAACAUGCAUUGCUGGCACCAUUUGCUGCUUGAUUCGGGGGUGUAUUGCUUGCAUCCUGUUCGAGCCUUCUGGUCAAUUUAUGUGGGGCAAAGCGAACAUCGACAAUCAGCACAUUCGAUUUGAAUCAAAUCCGUUUGGCAUCUCCUGUCGGGGCGAUAGUCAGUGCUACGCUUAUGGCUUGCAUAAUCCAAGAGCAAAUGAGCGAGAAUAUGUCGAAAGCAACAAUUUCAAGAGCGCCAAGCAUGUUCAUUCUGUCGGAGAAAGGAGCAGAUUCGUUGGAGAUUUACACUGCACUGUCUAUCAUCCUCAGAAGAACAUGUCGAUUCCGCAAUGUGACUUAAAAAUCCAAACAACGGAAGCGAAAAUAGAAGAAAAAAGGCACCCAGAACCGACUAAAAACCCCAAGAAAUCAACUCAAAAGAGACCGUUUAUUGAAAAGGGAGAAAGCUUGGACUCCCUAAGCCACACUCAAAAAAUGCUCAGUUUAUCUGACGACAGUCUUUUCGACGAGUACAUUACAACCUUGAAGGAUGACCACGAAAACGAAGUUAAAUGA